GGCGAGGCUGGCGCGCGGGCCGGCGGCGGCGUGGCGGCGGCGGCGGCGGCAGGAUGGUGAAGCUCACGGCGGAGCUGAUCGAGCAGGCGGCGCAGUACACGAACGCCGUGCGCGACCGCGAGCUCGACCUGCGCGGCUAUAAAAUCCCCGUUAUCGAGAACCUGGGUGCCACUCUGGACCAGUUUGAUGCAAUUGACUUCUCUGACAACGAGAUCCGUAAGCUGGAUGGGUUCCCUUUGCUGAGACGGCUGAAAACUCUCCUGAUGAACAACAACCGGAUUUGUCGGAUUGGUGAGGGACUUGAACAGGCCCUACCCUCUCUCAGGGAGCUCAUUCUUACCAACAAUAACAUUGCUGAAUUGGGUGAACUGGAUCCGUUAUCAACUAUUAAAUCGUUGACUUAUCUGAGCAUAUUAAGGAAUCCUGUAACAAAUAAGAAGCAUUACAGAUUGUAUGUAAUCCACAAAGUUCCUCAGGUCAGAGUGCUGGAUUUUCAGAAAGUGAAACUCAAAGAGCGACAGGAGGCAGAGAAAAUGUUCAAGGGCAAACGGGGUGCACAGCUUGCAAAGGAUAUUGCCAGGAGAACAAAAACCUUCAAUCCAGGUGCUGGUUUGCUAACUGACAAGAAGAAAGCUGGGCCCUCCCCCGGAGAUGUUGAGGCAAUUAAGACUGCUAUAGCAAAUGCUACAACUUUGGCUGAAGUGGAGAGACUCAAAGGCUUGCUACAGUCCGGUCAGAUUCCCGGCAGAGAACGAAAAUCAGGCCCCUCGGAGGACGCGGAAGAAGAAAUGGAAGAAGACCCCGUUCCCAACGGCUCUUAAGCGCCGCCGGCGGCGGACGACGCUCGCGGGGGGCUCUCCUGCCGCGGGGGGCUCCUCCGGCCCGGGCGGAGGCGCGCGGGCCGCCCCAGGGCCGUGCGGGACCUCCUCGCGCUCUGCGUUUCACGCUUCAAUAAAGCACCGUUGCCUUUUUC